AAUUGCCAGUGCUAUAAAAGCAGCAACAUUGCACCAGUAGAAAAGGAGUAGGGGUUGAUGAGAAUUUCUGUAGAAACAAGAGGCUUCCUUUACUCACAAGGUGUGUCUGUUGGAUGCAGCAGGACGAGACUGAGUGACUUAGUUUGGAGAUCCUGUGAUGUCCUCCACCCAGAGGAGCAGUACCAACCUCGUGAUGUUAAAAGAGAUCUUGGAACAUGGGUUUGUGGCAGGUGCUUCCAGCUGUAUCAACUUUUCUCCAGGCAUCAGCUACUACUUGGAGACUGACAGUACCUCUAAACCUGAUGCCUGGGAUGGCAUCCUUGACUGGGAGAACAUAACAAAAGGUAGUUCUCAGCUUGUCCUCAAGUGGCCAGAGUCUCUGAGCAGUUGUGUGAAGGGUGACCUGAAUUGUGUGACCCAGGGCCUUUGUGAUGGUGGUCUUGCUUGCUUCUGCAAGACCCCCAGUGUUCCAGUUGCCUUUGACUUGUCCAGUGUGGCUUCUGAAUCCAACAGCAGAGUGAACUCCAUAGUAGAUGUAUUUUGUGAUGCCAAGUCUUCCACACCAUGCAAGGAAGAAAAGCACUGCAAAUCAAUGGACAACUUGCUCUCCAAAAGCUCUGAGAUAACUGACUUCUCCAGUCUCAGGAAACCACCUCCACCCAUCUGGGAGAUCUCUGAGAUACAAGCCCUGCCAGACAACACUCUUUCUCUGGAUGCAAGUGUAGAAGAGCUGAGGUCACUGGGAUCUCUGAAACCAGAUACCCCAUCUCUGGAGAAAUCUGUCUUUGCUGUUGCUUUGGCUUGGCCUGGUGCAGCUACCAAGAGACCUUAUGCUCCUGGCUUCAGGUUUCUCAGUUACGAUACCCAGGGGAGUGAGCCAGAGCCCUUAACUAUGGCUCACUGCAUGAAGCCAUUUGACUUCGCUAUCCCCUCUCUGACAGAUGGGGUGACAAGCCAAAUGGGCCACAAAAAUCAAAACUGCUCAAAUGAGAGAGGAAAGGAGUGAUCUUGACUCAGUGGCCGAUGGCCAAAGCCAUCAGGCUAAGCACUAAGCUCUCUAGUGACAAUGUUACUUGGGAUUCUCUCUGGUAACACAUGCGCUCUGCAUCAUAGUGCAAACAUAAGUGAUGCAUGGGCCAGGGUGUUUGUUGCACAAGAGGCCAGUGUAUAAAGCCUGACUGCAGUUGGGGGUUUUAAUCUGUGUCCAGGAAACUAGCUCACCUGAUGGCAAAUCUCUAAAGUCUCUUAACAAAUAGCUUCAGCUGCAAAUGGUGGGAACCAUCCUGGGUGAGGCUCUAUUGCUGUGAUGCCCUCUCCUCUCCACCUGGGAAAGGGCUUCUUGGUAGGGGCACUACUGGGUGUAGGAAGCUGUUCUGAAGACCUAGAUAAGCUUGGUGGGCCUUUUAAAUUAACUGGAUAUUGACUCUUGCUCAACAGCACUGAACUUGAUUUGUGACCCUCAUAUUGACCAGAAUGCCUUGUAAAACUCUCCUGUCUUAAUUGUUUGUAGUGUGCAAAUAAAGAGAAGAACUCAA